CUGCAGCCGACCCUACCUCAUCGCCCAAGUCCUGUUCUUGUCUAAACGCCGUCGCACCCCUAGCGCUUACGAGGUCGACUAUUCCCUCGCGACUCUGCUGCCUUUGAUCUGUAUCAAGUUCUUCAAUAGGGACCUCAUCUGAUUCUUUGUGGCACUGAAGUUAUGGAAGAUCCUAUCCAUCCACCACCUCUCUCUCGCUCUGGAUCGACACCCAAGCCCAAGGGUAUCCUCAAGAAUGCACCUCAUCCCCCGGCGUCACCACAGCAGGGGCCUAGGCUUCAAUGGGAUGAAGAGAACCUGGCUGCGACGGAGAUCCAGAAAGAUAGCUUGAUGAAGAUUACAGAGCCCAAAACGCCAUUUGUUCGAUACAACGCAGAGACCGACACGAUUGAAGGAGAUAUCCCAUCGCUGGACCUGUAUGCCGGGCAGCGAGCGUCUCCUGCGCCGCUAGCACAAUCCCCGACGAACGCCGAUAGCUCCGGGCCUUCGUCAAGACGCACGUCCUUCUCGAGCACGGGCGGUCGGCCGUCGUUGUCUGGUCGAUCAGGGAGUGCGACCUCGAGCAGGAGCACGAGUUUCAGUCUGCCUAAUGAUGCGAGAAGGGAGAUCAGGUCAGUGGAAGGGGAUAGAGGUGGUGAGGUAGAAGAAGAGGAGAUGGACGAAGAGACGGCGGCUAAACACGAAGCUUUCGUGAAGGCGCGAGGCAGGCACUACUCUAAUGAAGCACAAGCUAUGAAGCUUGCUGCGAAGCUAAUGGAGGAAGAAGAUGACGAUGAUGCGGCAGAGACAGAUAGUCGAGCGGACACUGCUAGUGAGGAUGUAUCCAUGGAGGAUUCGGCUGCAGAUGAGGUUUCCCCAAGGGUAAACGGACGCUCCUAAUAAUGAAACGGCGUAGCAAGCUUACCAUCGGACUUGUGCCUCGUCCCGUCUGAGUAUACACUGCAUGCCAGAUCCCAACUGUUUCCUUGCCUCGCGUCUCGUUUCUGUAGCUCUGAGUAUCUGUAUGACCAAUGUUUCCCUUGCUUGCAUUACCUGCUCUAAUAUAGGGGACGAGAUAUUCCCACGUGAUAAG